AUGCUUCAGGACAUCACCAACCCCUCCACCCCCUCCACCCCCUCCACCCUCUCCACCCCCUCCGACAUCUCAAUGCUUCAGGACAUCACCACCCCCUCCACCCCCUCCCACCCCCUCCACCUCAAUGCUUCAGGACAUCACCACCCCCUCCACCUCAAUGCUUCAGGACAUCACCACCCCCUCCACCUCAAUGCUUCAGGACAUCACCACCCCCUCCACCUCAAUGCUUCAGGACAUCACCACCCCCUCCACCUCAAUGCUUCAGGACACUACCACUCCCAAUACUUAACGGCAUUACCAACCCCUUCAACCCCUCCACUUACCAAUUUUUCUGGGCACUACCAUCCACCCGACCCACCCACCCCCUCCAUUCCCAAUACUUCAGGGCAUUACCAUCCACUCGACCCACCCACCCCCUCCAUCCCUCCACCCCCUCCAUUCCCAAUACUUCAGGGCAUUUCCACCCCAUCCACCCUCCACUACGGACAGACACCAAAUAACCUUGAAUUAAACACUCUGUUACUAGAUUUACAUAACUUUGAUAUAGCCUGA